AUGAGCCUGCUUUUGCUCGUUCAGGCGCUCCUUGCUGCCGGGGCGCACCCGGUGCAUGCCAGCGGUCUCGAGAACCGAUCGAAGCCCGUCUUCUUGGACCUGAAGUCGAGCGUUGUCGACACUUGCAAGACCGAUGCCGUCUGCGACCUCAUCUGCGAGGCAGACUUCGAGGAUGUCUUCGACUCCUACUGCGGCCGCGGCUGUGGUGAUGGGAAGAAGUUUUGCACAGACCUCUGCACUGACGGCUUCUACUGCCGGGGCAGGAGUUGCAAGGCAUGUGAAGCAGCGUGUGUGGCAAAAGUUGGCAUGGUUCAGGAGAUAUUCGACUACUGUGCCGACUGUGAUGACAAAUAUGAUGGCGGAGAUGAUUACAAGACCACGACGACUACGACGACGACGACAACGACCACCGCGGACAAGUGCACCAGCAUCGGGUGCUGGUGCACGGAAAUCUGCGACAUUGUCAAGUGUCCACAUUGCAAAGAACUUUGCAUUCAAAACGAAGCCAAGGUGUGGCCAGUCUUCGAGCGGUACUGUGAGUGCGGCUUCUGCCAUGAGUCAGACAGAGAGGAUGCGGGGCUGCUGCAGUUCCGGGUUCGGAGUGCUACUUCUGACUCAGGGUGUGGCUGCCGAAGUGAGCACCAGUAUUGCCUGGACCUUUGCAAGGGCAUGGGAUACCGUGGGCCGGGCCUGGGCCGCUGUACGGAGGAUUGCUCCUCCAGCGGCAAGCUAGGGGGUGUCCUUGAGGAUUACUGCCACGAGUGCCACAAGGAGUACUACGAGCCGCCGACAAGGUACCACCCAGACGACCACAAGGGUGGCUACCACACGGACGACGACCAUGACGACUUCUUCGAGGAUGACGACCACAAGCAUGUCUACAAGAAGGACGAUUACCACAAGGAUGACUACCACAAGGAUGACUACCACAAGGAUGACUACCACAAGGAUGAUUACCAUAAGGACGACUACAAGUACGAAAGAGGUGCCUCCCAGAAGAGUGAGCACCACAAGCCGACGAAGGACUACAAGACCACUUCCGAGCCGAAAUACUAUAGCACCACCACCAGCACAACCACAGAGAAGUACUAUGAGACCACUUCGACCACAGAGAAGUAUUACGAGUCGACCACGCCAAAGUACUAUGAGUCGACGACGCCAAAGUACUACGAGACGACCGAGCCGUACUACGACACGACCGAGCCGUACUACGACACGACCGAGCCAUACUAUGACACGACCGAGCCGUACUACGACACCACCGAGCCGUCUGACUACUACGGUGCAAGAGUUCCGUACUACUGGAAGAUCAAGGCUGCCAAGGCCAAAGCCUACGCCGCGAAGAAGUACUACUAUGCCAAGGGCAAGGCGGCAGCGUUCAAGUACACUCACCCGGACUACUUUGGCAAGUACCCCAAGAAGGAGAUGCCCUACUACUGGAAGAUCAAGGCAGCAAAGGCAAAAGGCUACGCCACCAAGGCGGAGUACGAAGCCAAGGCCAAGGCCGCGUACUUCAAGUACCGACAUCCGGAGGUCUGGGGCAAGUACUACAAGUACAAGAAGUGA